AUGUCGCAACUGAUUGUGAAGAACCUCCCAAAUGGGAUGAAGAAGGAGCAUUUCAGGCAGCUUGCCGCCUUCGGCACGCUGACGGACUGCAACCUGAAGUUUGCCAAAGAUGGCAAGUUCAGCAAGUUUGGCUUUAUCGGCUUCAAGACGGAGGCAGAGGCCCAAAAGGCACUGAAGCACUUUAACAAGAGCUUUAUUGAUACAUCCCAGAUCACAGUGAAGUUCUGCAAGUCGUUUGGGAGCAAACAUGCCCAGAAACCAAGCCAGCCCAAGCAGCCUCCAAAAGACUCCGCUACUCCAGAAAUUAAGAAAGACGAGAAAAAGAAAACAGUGGCAGGUCAAUUGGAGAAGGAGGAUACAGAAUUCCAGGAGUUUCUGUCGGUCCAUCAGAGGCCGGUGCAGGCAGCCACUUGGGUGAACAAUGGCCUGGAUGCUGACCCCUCAAAAGGGAAGAGCAAGCCGGCUAGCGACUACCUGAACUUCGACUCCGAUUCCGGGCAGGAGAGUGAGGAGGAGGGAGCUGGGGAGGACCUGGAAGAAGAGGCAAACCUCAAAAGGAAGGCAGCUGUGCAGAAGGAGCUGUCGGACAUGGACUAUCUGAAGUCCAAGAUGGUGAAGUCCGGGUCAUCCUCUUCCUCAGAGGAAGAGGAACGUGAAGAUGAAGCCGUGCACUGUGAUGAAGGGAAUGAGGUCGAGGAAAAGGGUUCCUCCACCACUCCAGCCCUGCAGGAAAGAGACGGCAAGGGUGUAGGCCAAGAGCAAGGAAUGCCAGCUGGGAAAAAGAGGCCACUGGAGGCCAGAGCCAAGACAGAAAAACCAGCAAAGGAACCUAGCACCUGCCACACCGUGAAACUGCAGGGAGCCCUGUUCAACGUCACAGAGAAAAAUGUUUUGAAAUUCCUGGCGCCCCUGAAGCCAGUGGCCAUUCGAAUUGUGAGAAACGGUCAUGGGAAUAAAACAGGGUACAUCUUUGUGGAUUUCAGCAACGAAGAGGAAGUGAAGAAAGCUCUGAAAUGCAACCGGGAGAACAUGGGUGGGCGCUACAUUGAGGUGUUCAGGGAAAAGAACGUCCCCACCACCGAGGGUCCGCCAAAGAAUAGCGCCAAAUCCUGGCAAGGCCGGAUGCUCGGGAAGAACGAAGAGGAGGAGGACCUGGCCGGGUCUGGAAGGCUCUUUGUAUGGAACCUGCCCUACACCAGCACUGAGGAGGACCUGGAGAAGCUCUUCUCCAAAUACGGUCCCCUGUCUGAGCUCCACUACCCCAUCGACAGCCUGACCAAGAAACCCAAGGGUUUUGCAUUCGUCCCCUUCAUGUUCCCUGAGCAUGCUGUGAAGGCCUACUCGGAGGUGGAUGGGCAGGUAUUCCAGGGCAGAAUGCUCCAUGUGCUACCGUCUACCAUCAAGAAGGAAACUAGCAAAGAUGCCAGUGCACUGGGAUCGUCGUCCUACAAGAAGAAGAAGGAGGCCCAGGACAAAGCCAACAGCACCAGCUCUCACAACUGGAACACGUUAUUCAUGGGGCCGAAUGCCGUGGCCGAUCCCAUCUCACAGAAGUACAGCGCCACCAAGAGUCAAGUUUUUGACCACGAGACCAAGGGCAGCGUGGCCGUACGCAUGGCUCUGGGGGAGAUUCAGCUUGUCCAGGAAGUGCAGCGCUUCCUCAUAGACAACGGGGUCAGCCUGGAUUCCUUCAGCCAGCCUGCAGCAGAGCGAAGCAAGACGGUGAUUCUGGUGAAGAACCUCCCGGCAGCCAUCCUGGCGGCCGAGCUGCAAGAGACCUUCGGCCCUUUUGGCAGCCUGGGCCGCGUGCUGCUGCCAGAGGGUGGAAUCACCGCCAUCAUAGAGUUCCUGGAGCCCCUGGAGGCCCGCAAGGCCUUCAGGCAUCUGGCCUAUUCCAAGUUCCACCACAUCCCUCUGUAUCUGGAGUGGGCUCCGUUCGGCGUCUUCUCCAGCGCAGCCCCACAGAAGAAAGAGCCCCAAGACGCACCUCCGGAACCCACGGAAAAGGACCAAGCAGAGCCAGAAACUGGGUCCAAUGGUGAAACCCCAGAAGAUGAAAAUCCAACGGAGGAAGAAGCAGACAAUUCUUCAGCAAAGAGGGAAGAGGAGGAGGAGGAGGAAGAGGAAGAAGAAGAGGAGAGCCUCCCAGGUUGUACUCUGUUUAUUAAGAAUCUCAAUUUUAACACAACAGAGGAGAAGCUGAAGGAAGUGUUUUCCAAAGUGGGGACAGUGAAGAGCUGCUCCAUCUCCAAGAAGAACAAAGCAGGAGCACUGAUUUCAAUGCGGCUUGGAUUUGUGGAAUACAGGAAGCCAGAGCAAGCCCAGAAAGCUCUCAGGCAGCUCCGGGGACACAUCGUGGACGGCCACAAGCUGGAAGUGAGGAUCUCAGAAUGAGCCACUAAGCCAGCCGUGACAUCAGCUCAGAAGAAACAAGUUCCCAGAAAGCAGACCACCUCCAAGAUCCUGGUGCCAAACAUCCCCUUCCAGGCCCACAGCGGGGAGACCCCAGAGCUCUUCAGCAGGGAGACAGGAACUACCCAAAUUAUAUCAAGAUAGAAGAACUAGGGUUGGCCAGCCUACAGAAGGAAUGCCCAAGAGGGAGUAUUCAGGGCUCUGACUUACAGCAAAUGUCACUGAAAAUCAGAUUUCUGCUGAGGCCAAAAUUAAACGAAUAUAUAUGAAACUGUCAGGAUGUCUAAAAUAAAAAAUAGUGAUGACACAAAAUGCUGAGAAUGAUUUAGAGAAACUGGAUUGUGUGGACAGUUUCUUACAAAGUAGAACGUGCUCUUUCCCUAUGACCUAGCGAUUGCACUCUUGGGCAUCAAUACCAGAGAAAUGAAAACUCAUAUUCACAUAACAACAGAUUCACGUAUCCAUCAACUCAUGAGUUGAUAACAAAAUGGGGUGUAUUCAUACAAUGGAAUGUUAUUUGGCCAUAAAUAGGAAUGAACUACUGAUAACGUGGAUGAACCUUGAAAACAUGAUGCUGAGUGAAAGAAGCCAGAUGCAAAAGGCGGCCGUAUAUCCUAUGAGUCCAUUUAUGUGAAAGGCCCGGAAUACAGUCUGUAUCUGUGGGUUCCACAUCCACAUAUUCCACCCACAGAUUCCACCACCCACAGAUCGAAAAUAUGCAGAUGGGACUUGAGCAUCCCUGGAUUUUGGUACCCAUGAGAGUCCUGGAACCGAUCCCUUGUGGAUUCUGAGGGACGACUGUAGGCACAUCCGUACAGACAGAAGGUCAAUUCACAGUUGCUUAGGUCGGAGGCACUGGAUAAAGGGUACAGGACUUCUAUUUGAGGUAAUGAAAAUGUUCUAGAAUUGACUGUGGCAAGGGUUGCACAGCUCUGUACAGAUAGCACAAACCAUUGAGUUGUGCACCUCAAAUAGGUGAAUUGUAUGAGAUGUGAAUUAUAUCUCAAUAAAGCUGCUACCCCCUCCAAAAAAAAAAAAAAGGUAUUUUAAUUACUUGCUAUGGUCACUUGCAUUGAAUUAUGCCCAAAUACAGGCCUCGUGAGAGAUACA